AUGGAAGGAGAAGCCGCUCAUCGACAAAUGUCCAGAGCCGAUACAUUCGAGCUUACUCCGAGCAAAAAGCAAAGACGAAAGCUACUUACUUCCAAAGAAGUCGACAGUCAUAGCAGUCAUGAAACCCAGGAGCGGCGCCGGAAGCAAAUCAGAGUCGCCCAAAGGGCAUAUCGUGCCAGGCAGAAUGACAAGUUGAAUGAGGCACAAGAGAGAAUUCACAAACUCGAGAUGACGAUUGAGAGCAUGGCCCACGCUGUCGCAUCCCUCCAUGACAAACUUGUCGAGUCAGAUAGACUGUCAAAUGACACUAGUAUCAUGACGCAGCUGCAGGAAACAGUCAAAAUUUGUCUUCAUUCGAUCGAUGACUCGGACAUCGCGAAUGGUCUUCACAUCACCGAGAAGACCCUUGACCCUAUUUCGCAUACAGGAAACCUAGAAACAAAUACGUCAUGUAGCCCAUUGGUGCUGCAACCCCGAGAAUCUGGCCAAGUUUGGCUUAUCCCAGUCUCCAGCUUUAUUGAACAACUCCAUGUCACUUGUAUCUACCAAGGCUUUCUCGCUCUCAGCGACAGCUCCCUUAGCCUUGCAGAUCUCAUGACACCCUUCCGAUUCCUUCUCGCAACCGUUGAUCGAAAACGUUUGAUCUCGUUUUUCGAAGCGGCUCUGCAUGCGCGACUUAGCCAACAACGCUUGGAAGGUUGGGACGACAUUCCAUUCUUCAGUCUCGGCGGCGCAGGAACAAAAAGUACGGUUUCAGCGACGUGUGAUGGGAUGACGACCUAUGUUGGUCGAUUUCAUGAGCCCGCCAGAGUGAUAAAAGAUCCCCUCUCCGACCUUUCCACGAGAGUAAAGGAGGAUUUAGAUGGCGAUUGGCUUGAUAUGCAGGACUUGGAGCGACUACUUCGUCUGAAAGUGCAACACUUCAUUGCGCUUCCACUCCAAUCAAGCUCGAGGCCAUCAGAAAAUAACAUGGGUGUUGCGGGUCUGAUCAAACGACUUGUUGACAAAGCUGUUUGUCUCGGAAGAAGCCCCGGUUUCCGGCGGUACGACGUCGAAAAGGCGCUCCUGUCGAAUUGGCACUGA